AUGGGCUUCGGCAUUGGCAUUCUGGUGACUUUAGUACCUCUGUAUCAAUCAGAAGUCAGCCCACCGGAAAGCAGAGGAUUGAUGGUUGGGUUACACGGUGUCCUCAUUGGCUUCUCCUAUGCCCUGACUGGCUUCGUCACUUACGGUUGUUAUUUCGCUCCGUACGGCGAGUUCCAGUGGCGCUUCCCCCUCGCAGUGCAAUUAGUCCCCACCUCCAUCCUCUUCAUCGGCUCCUUCUGGCUCCCCUUCUCGCCCCGCUGGCUGUUGUCUCAAGGUCGCGCCGAAGCCGCAUGGAAAGUAACCCAGAAACUCCACGCCAACAAGAAGGAUCCCGAGGACAACUUCGCCCAUGCCGAGUAUAAUCAGAUGCAGGCGCAGAUCGAGUUUGAGCGGAAACACAACGCCGUCGGAACGUUGGCGCAGGCGAAGCUGGCGUUCAGUCAGAAGAGCUUCCUGAAACGCCUUGGGCUAGGGUUUCUGGUGCAGUUCGGUAAUCAGUGUACCGGGGCAUUAGUGAUCAACAACUACAACACCAUCCUGUUCGCUGGACUCGGGAUUACGGGCGCGAUGCCGCUGCUCCUGCUUGGCUUCUUCAACCUUGUCACGGUACCCGGGAACCUGUUCAACGGACUGUUUAUCGACCGCUUCGGCAGGCGGCGGUUCGUCUUGACCGGCUGUACUGGUAUCAUAAUCUGCUUGUCCGGAGAGGCGGCCAUCACUGCACAGUUCGUUGAGACUGGGUCGACCAACCAAGUAGGGCUUGGAUGGGGUGUGGCGUUCAUCUUCACCUACGUCGCCUUUUACUCGUCUUGUCUGGACGCCACCAUGUACUUGGUGCCCUCGGAGAUCUUCCCAAUGGUCAUCCGCUCCUUUGGAAUGAGCUUCUCCAUAAUGGGGCAAUUCAUCGCCACCGUCAUCCUUCUCGAAGCAGCCCCAACAGCCUUCGCAAGAAUCGGAUACAAGUUCUGGGUCCUGCUGAUAUGCUUGACUUUCAUAUACGCCGUGCUCGUGUACUUCUUCUUGCCAGAGACCAAAGGAAUGACACUGGAGGACAUCAGCGUGCUGUUUGGCGACCCAGUGGAGCUGAGCUUCGAGCAAGCUCUCAACAAGCAGGAGCAUCACGAGUAUGGCGACGAAGGUGUGAUGGGUGAGAAGCGGGAGGGUGAGCAGGUCGAGAGUAUAUCCCUCGACAGAUAG